AUGACAAUUGAAACACUUCAAUCGAGACCAUUUGAAUCACAUGAGAUCCUUGUUCCUGAUAUUCAAAGCCAUACUCACCCGAUAGAUCCAUAUCGUGAUGUCAAAAGUUCACAUGUUGCCAAAGAAUGGACCUUAAACGACGAUCAGGCCCGAGCAUUCAAAAUAAUAGCAGAACAUAGUCGUCUGAACAAUUCUGAGCCAUUAAGGAUGUUUAUUGGAGGAUCAGCAGGAACAGGGAAGUCAAGAGUCAUCAAUGCUUUGAAAGAUUUCUUCGUUAGAUGA